GAUAUUUUUAAUAUACAGCAGUGUGUAGUUCUAGGUGCCAUAAGGCUUUUCUUUUUGGAAAGGCUCUAGUUGUCAUUAAGGUUUUUUUCUUCUUCUUUUUUUGGAAAGGCUCUAGGUGCCAUAAGCUAGGUGGGCUAUUUGGAGAAAUGAAGGGGUUAUGGCUAUGGUCAAGUUUGCUAUGUGCUCUCACUAUGGUUGUAGGGGGUACAAGCAGAUACAAUGUUCGUGGAGGCCCUUCUUAUCGACUUAUUUUGGAUACUGACGUUGAUACUGAUGAUCUAUUUGCGUUAUUAUACUUGCUGAAGUCAAAUCGGUCUGAGUUUAACUUACAGGCAGUUACAAUAAACACAAAUUCAUGGACAAAUGCAGGACAUGCAGUAAAUCAAAUAUAUGAUAUACUCUACAUGAUGGGGCGAGAUGAUAUUGAUGUUGGUGUUGGAGGUGAUGGUGGAAUACUUGAAAAUGGUACAAUACAACCAAAUGUUGGUGGAUAUCUUCCUAUAAUUGACCAGGGACGUGGAACAGCCGGACCUUGUAGAUAUAGACAAGCUAUUCCUGUUGCAGGUGGAGGACGAUUAGACAUCGAUACAAAUAUGGGAAUUCGAAGAAGCUUUCUUCCGCAGGGAAACCGGAGAUACUCCCCUCUUCGACAACCGACUGCACAACAAGUAUUGAUCAAGACGAUAUCUGAAGGCCCCGUUACUGUGUUCAUAACAGGAGUACACACAAAUAUGGCCAUUUUCCUUAUGACAAAUCCAAAUUUAAAGAAAAACAUCGAUCAUAUAUACAUCAUGGGUGGUGGUGUGAGGUCCAAGAACCCAACCGGCUGUUGUCCCAAAAAUGCGAGCUCAACUUGCCAGCCUCAACAGUGUGGUGACCAUGGUAACAUGUUUACAGCCUUUAGAAGUAAUCCAUAUGCCGAAUUUAACUUAUUCGGUGACCCCUUUGCUGCAUACCAGGUUUUUCAUUCGGGGAUUCCAAUCACCCUCGUUCCAUUAGAUGCAACGAAUACAAUUCCCAUUACGCAUGAGUUCUUUGAAGCAUUUGAGAAAAACCAACGUACAUAUGAGGCACAAUAUGUUUUCAAGUCAUUGAAGAUAGCCCGUGAUACUUGGUUUGAUGAUCAAUUCUAUACGAGUUAUUUCAUGUGGGAUUCGUUUAUGGCGGGUGUUGCAGCAUCAGCUAUGCGUAACAUACGCGACGAGGAAAAUGAGUUUGCCGAAAUGGAGUACAUGAACAUUACUGUGAUUACGUCGAAUGAACCUUAUGGGAUACCUGAUAGCUCAAACGCAUUCUUUGGUGAUCGUAAGAUCCCAAAGUUCAACUUGAAGAAAAAUGGAGUUCAUAGUGGUCAUGUUCAAAUAGGUAUUCAAGAUCCAUUUUGCUUUCGUGGGAAUGCUACAGGGAUAUGUAAGGACGGUUAUACUGAAGAAGUCACUGGACCGGAUUCAGUGCGUGUACGCGUAGCAACAAGAGCAAAGCCAAAUGUCGAUGAAUCAAGCACAUUGGAUAGAGAAUACUAUGUUAACUAUCUUGAUGUACUAAAUCAACCUCAACAUAAAGGUCGAUUUAAUUUUACAACCGAAUUCCCAUAUUACAAAGAAGUUCUAUACAAACCAGAUUUCAAAGGGAAAAAACUCGGGAAGAUUGUUGUGUUUGAUAUGGAUAUGAGCGCGGGUGAUUUUCUGGCGCUCUUUUAUCUUCUCAAAGUACCCGUUGAAGAAAUGAAUCUCAAGGCUAUACUAGUAACUGGAAGUGGUUGGGCGAAUGCAGCAACAAUAGACGUGGUGUAUGACUUGUUACAUAUGAUGGGCCGUGAUGAUAUCACUGUCGGUUUAGGUGAUUCCUUUGGUGUGAACCAAUCUUAUUCAAAGGUUGGCCCAACUGUUGGCGAUUGCAAGUAUUCAAAAGCUAUACCACACGGAAGUGGGGGACGUUUGGAUUCUGAUACAUUAUAUGGGCUUGCCCGUGAUCUACCAAGGAGCCCAAGAGGGUACACAGCGCAAAAUUCAGUUAAAUUUGGAGCUCCACGUGACACAGAUUUCCCUCAAUUUAGACAACCGUUAGCACUAGAAGUUUGGAGAUCCUUAGUAAAAUCAAUUGAUGAUGGAUCAAAAAUUACAAUCUUGACUAAUGGGCCGUUAACGAAUUUAGCAAACAUCUUACUUUCAGAGAGUAAUGCCAGCUCAAUCAUUCAGGAAGUGUUUAUACUAGGAGGACAUAUCAAUUACAAGAAAAACCAAGAAAAAGGGAAUGUGAUACAUGUCCCUUCAAACAAGUAUGCAGAACUAAACAUGUUUCUUGACACUUUGGCUGCAAAGACUGUAUUCGAAUCAUCACUUGACAUCACACUCAUCCCUCUUCAUGCCCAACGUAAAGUCUACGCGCUUCCAAGGAUCAUAAAAGUGUUGCAAGCAAAGAACAUGACACAUGAGGCAGUUUUCACGCGACGUUUAUUGACAAGGCUUCACCAUUUACAUCAAAGACAUCACUUGUAUCGACAUGUGGACAUGUUCGCGGGUGAGAUUUUAGGUGCCGUUAUCCUCGCUGGUGACCAGAAACUUCUAAAUUCGACUUUUGAAAUUAAGCAUUUGAAGGUCUAUACAGAAGGACAGUUAUCUAGGGAUGGAGAAGUAAUUUUUGACACAAAGAAAAAGAAAGGAUUUAAAGUACUGCAAGGCUUCAAUCAUGUAUCAUGUUACAAUAUUUUUUCAAACGGUCUUCUUCGCCGGAAGCAAUCUGCAGUGAUAGGAAGCUUUGGUGAGCAAAAACGGCGGUGGAGUUCACCGACAGCAUAAUCUUCCUUCAUUCAUGCAUACCUUCAGUCAAUAUAUCAAACUUUUUAGGAGUCAAUAUAUCAAACUUUAUUGGAUAAAGGGGCUUAAUUUCAAGAUGAAGAUGUAAUAAUGUAAGAUUUGGUAGCUUUUGAGACAUGUGGUUAUUAAUUCAUAUAUCAAAAAUCCCAAGACAUAUCUA